GAUUAUGACUGCUUCUACGCCUCGGUUUUUGAGAAUCGAGACCCCCGGCUGAAGGCGCUGCCCUUGGGCGUGAAGCAGAAGAACAUCCUGGCCACGUGCAACUAUGUCGCCCGCAAGCAGGGCGUCAAGAAGCUCAUGCUCAUCACGGAGGCCAAGCGGCUCUGCCCGAACCUGGUCAUCAUCGAGGGCGAGGACCUGACGCCCUUUCGGGAUGCGAGCAAGAUGCUCUUCGGGUUCAUGAGGGGGUACUCGUGGAAUCGCAAGGCCGAGAGGUUGGGGUUCGAUGAGAUUUUUAUGGACGUCACGGAUAUCAUCAACUACAACAUGUUCUGCCUCAAUCGGGCCUCGCUGACCGAGUCGUUUUUCCACCUCUCCAAGAAAGACCCCGAAAAGGGUUUUAUCUGUGACUUGACCAAAGUCGCCGGGUGCGUGUACGGGGAGAGGUCCGACGCGGGAGACCUCGACAACUCCGCCUACGUGCGCCUUCUUCUAGCAAGUCACCUAGCUUUCCAUCUGCGCAUGAGGCUCGAGGAGGAUUUCGGCUUCACAGCCUCGGUUGGGGUAUCGACGAACAAGCUCCUCAGCAAGCUCGUAGGGAGCGUGAACAAGCCGCGCAAUCAGACGACACUCAUAUCGCUCGACGACGACGCCGUCGUCACCGAGUUUAUGGACGCGCACUCAGUUAGAAAAGUCCCCGGCAUCGGCUUUAAAACGUCACGCGCGCUGGAGGACAGGUUUCUCGCGAUGCCUCUAGGACCCGACGAUGCCGACAGGGAGACCUCUCCCCUUAAGGUCUACGACGUCAGGAGUCACGAGCAGACCUCGCCCGAGGCGCUGGAGAAGUUGCUCGGUGGCCCCGGUUCUGAGCGCGGGGUCGGCGAGAGGGUGUGGGGUCUUUUGCACGGGGUUGAUGACACUGAGGUGAAGGACGCGAGCGAUGUGCCGUCACAGAUUAGCAUCGAGGAUACGUUCAAGGGGCUGGAGAGUGUGGGUCAGAUUGAGGGUGAGCUACGGAAGAUAUCUGCUUCUCUUGUCCGGCGGAUGCGGACUGAUCUCCUGGUGGACGACGACUCGAUCGAGCUGGGAAGUCAGCGAUGGAUCGCACACCCCAAGACACUGCGGCUUUCCAUUCGAUCUUGGCCGUCCGACUCGACGCCGGGGUUCCCUCGUCACUCUAACCCGGAAUUCCAGCGCAUAUCUCGAUCCCAACCCCUUCCCAACUUCAUCUUCAACACAAAGGAGACCCCCGAGUUCAUUGCAGACCGGCUGACGACGGAGAUUCUCCUACCUACGGUGAAGAAAUUCUAUCCAGCGGGACACCGUUGGAAUUUGCAGCUUCUGAACGUCUGCGUUGCGAAUAUGGCCGCUAGUGGUAGCGAGGCCGGACCCGGAGUGGGACGAGAUAUUUCUGUCAUGUUCCGCAAGCAAGAUGAUGUUCUCCGACAAUGGAAGAUUGAUACGACGGUCGUGGAAGAAGAGGGCGAUGAUGAUGAUGCUCAACACCAAUCGAUCUCGGAUGAGGAAGUCGAGGAGAUGGAGGUCGAAGAGUUUGAUGAUGAGGGUGGUUCAUGGGAGGGUGAUGAAGUUACGGCACGGUGCCCAUUGUGCGGCCACAGCAUCCCGCCGUUUGCGCUCGCUGCCCAUGCGAGGUUCCACGACUUUGAGGGUUGA